AUGGCGGCAUUCAAACGACUCGACGAUGCCGAACGCCAGCGCUGGGAGGAGAUAGUACAGCAGGAACAUCUUGAACACAAGAAGCGCCUCGAAAAUUUGGAGGGAGAGGAGGGGCUGAUGGAUCCUGAGGCUGCUCAAGAAGUUCUUGAUCGCCUUCCUAACCUUUUGGGACCGCUCAUUCAGAUCAUAGGAGAGGCGAUCGGCAUGAACUUGUUGGUGUUGAUUGGGGGACCUGAGCCGAAGAAAAAGGGUCAGCUGAACAUAAUUGGUAUCCACCAUGGUUGUAACCUCGCACCGUCACCAAAGCUUUGGCCCUUCGCCGAGAAGGAGAAGUGGGAUGUCGCUAAGCGAGCGUUUUUGGGUUUUGUUUCGACCUGUUACACUACGGAACAGCAACGCGCACGCGCACUCAUUCCAUCCGCUGAACCCCCCACUGCAGGACCAUCAACGUCAUUCGCUUCAGACUCUCCGCCUCCAUCUACCCCGCCGUCACCGACACCCUUGCCUAUGCCCUCUGCCCCGACUUCCCACUCCGCGGACUUGAAAACACGACACAAGCGAAAGGCUGGGAAAAGUACAAAGAAUCCGGCAAAGAAGGCAAAGAGGGCACAGAUAUCAAAGAAGGGGAAGAGCUCGGCAGUUACGUCCGAUGGGUCGAAUCCAUCUGAUUCCGGCGCUGAGGAGCCUCCCACCGACGAUGGCAAGAGCGACAACAGCGACGACGCCGUCAACUCGUACGUUCAACUCGAAAGCCAUACUUCCUUCCAAGCAGGUUCGCGUUCUGAGGGGUUCAAGCCUACUAACAGGCCGUCAGAAGUAGCGUGGUGGGUAGCUCGAGGACGAAAGGUGCAACCAAAGGUUGUUGAUACGCGCGCAUUUGAGCAACAGUGGUGGAAGUGGUGGAAGGGCUUGCAGCCAAUUUGGCGCGAGGUUGUGGGCGUCGACGGCGCAUUAAACGCCUCGCAUCGAUUGGCCUCAGGGGGAGAUGGCGGUUGGACGGUUGUGAACAAACACGGGAGGAACGCAUUCCUUACCGUGAUGGCGACGCUCGUGUGGUGGGCGGAGGGCUUGAAAGAUUGCGCUCGAGACCCAGGUUGGGUAGCGGCUGUUGAGGAAGUCGUAUGGGUAUUGGAUCAAAUGGUUAAAAGUUUACCAUUCACACAUCGCGUUCUCGAGACCAUUGCUACUCACAUUGAUCAACCUGGCGAGGGCCCCGCCACUUCAGUUUCUGUCAGGCAAAUAGAGCGCCUGUAUGUCUAA